GGCGGGAUGGAGUCGAUGGACGAGGCGAAGAAGGAGCACCGGCGGCUCGUGCUGCGCCUCCGCAACCGCGUCAAGCAGAAGAAGCGUCGGGAUCGGUACCUCAAUGAGCGCGAGCGGCUUCUAGCGCAAGUGACCGAGAUGCGAUCGGUGCUCACGGAGCUCGGGCACAAGCAGGUCGUGCCCACGAGCUUGCUACCUUGGAAGGACGUGGCAGGCAGCCUCGCGCAGGCCAGCGUCGAGGCGCGCCUCUCGCUCCAAGUGCUGCGCGACCGGUGCGAGGCCAUGUACCGCCUCGGCCGCGUCAUGUCGGCGUGGGUCGGAUCCAUGUCCCGUCGCAACAACGUGCCGGACGUUGGCCGGCCGUUCACAUCGACACCCAUCGUGCUUCUCGCAGACGCAGCGUCCCGCAAGCUCGGCCUUGACUGGUUCACGCAGCACAUGUACUACAACACGGACCGGAUGCAGCAACUCUGCGCCUUUCCAAGCUCGGGCACCGUCCGUGACAUCUCAGUCGUCGACCAUGAAAAUGGCGUCUCGGACAUCCUCGGGCGUAUCCAGAUCGACUGCGACCUGCCGCUCGAGGCGACGUACGCAGCCCUCCACGAUAAGAUCUGGGACGAGCUCCGCGGCGACACGCAAGCCGCCAUGUCCGAGUUCCUCGACGCCGAUAUCAUCAAAAGCAUCGAUGCCAAGAUGGUGUACCGGCGCACGGCGCUCACGGCGGACGAGAGCAACUACUACGUGUGCCGCGAGUUUGCGACGCAGGACCGGAUUGUCUUUUUGUUUGGGAAUUUCAGCCAAGACGCACUGCAGCCCGAGAACGUCCGGUGGCGUCCGCGCAUGUUUUGGUACUGCCUCGAGCGCUUGGGCGCGGGCCACACGCGCAUCAAGCAGAUUCUGUACAACGGCCCCAAAGUCGUCCACAACCAGAUCGUUCCAUGGACGAGCGACGCCGACUGGAUCAGCGAAAGCUUCUCGGACGACCCGCAGUUCCAACAGUACGAGCGCUGGGUCAACAAGGACUGGCAGCCAAUGCUCGAGAGUGAUUUUGCCGUGCUGUCGAGCCCCCGGCGCCGGGAUCCACCCAGUGCACCGUGACAAUGAUAUGUCUGUCUGCGAUGAAUGGAGACCUCAAUAAUGUGUUAGAGUCGAACUCGGG